AUGAGAGAGCAAGCUCAAAAGUUCUUUGACCUUCCUUUGCAAGAGAAGAAACGUUGUGCUCAGAAACCAGGAAGUCUAGAAGGUUAUGGUCAAGCAUUUGUAACUUCUGUGAAACAAAAGCUACCGUGGAAUGACAUGCUCUUCCUCAAAACUCUUUCCCUUCAAAAUCGAAAUUUGAAUUUCUGGCCAGAAAACCCUCAAGAGUUCAGCGAUACGCCAGGAUUGCAGGUUUUGAAAGACGAAAACUGGGUUAAUGUUGAACCUGUCAAUGGUGCAAUUGUUGUAAACCUUGGCCAUAUCAUGGAGAUUAUAAGCAAGGGGAAUUACAAAGCCCCAGAUCAUAGAGCAGUGGUGAACAAGUCAAAACAAAGGCUGUCAAUCGUGACUUUCUGCUAUCCCAAUUCAUCAGUGGAUAUUGGACCAGUUGAGAAGCUUAUCAUGUCAGGAAGCCCACCUGUAUACAGGACCUUAACAAAUGCAAAGUAUUUUCAUGACUUUUACAAUCGGAAGCUUGAAGUUCAUUCAUUGAUAGCCUGA